GGUUCCACCCGAGGCUCCCCCUCACUCCCACCCUCCCUUCGGUAACGGUAACAGGGUACGGUCUCGAAGGAGGGUUUUGCAGACUGUCGCCAAGGCCAAGGCACAAUAUUCACCAUGCAAGUCAACUUAAGCGCGCUGAAGCCAUGCCACAAGAGGCGUAGCUAGAAUCAAUCGAUGUUGAACAGGUGCUAAGCAGGUUGGUCACUGGAGCUAGUCAUCACGAUCAAUGGCGAUGGGUUAUCUCGCCAGGUGCUCCCGUUCAGCAGAGAGAUAGGAUAAGAGAAUGCGGGGAGGGUAGGGGACUUAAGAUUGGGGCCAUGCAGCACCUGGUGAUGGUCCCUGCGCCCUGCAUGAGAUAUCAACACAUGCCGAACCUUUCACCGGCAUUAAGACCAAUGGAGGACAGCUGUUGCCCAAUCGAUACGCCACAACCCUUUAACCCCCCACGCUCCCGUCCCCAAGCUUCAAGACACUGUCGACUCGUGGCACACUCUGGGCUGAAAUCGAUACCACAAGACGGUCAAGGCAUCAGAACCCUCUCAGUCAGCCAGUUCAAGAUACUAGCUAGACCUGCUAGGAGUUUUUGUAGGCCUUGCUUCUAUUCCAUCUUUCCCCGCCGUAUGAUUCCCCGGUUUUACCUUUUGGUCAGGUUUAUGCCCCCAGCUGCAUACCAGUCCAAUAUCUGCAGGGCACUUGGGGUUGCAUCUCAUCCCUAUCGGUGCAUGGGAAUUGCCAACCUCGCAUUGGUCGGACUGCUACAGCAGAGUCAACAUCCUCCCGCAUCAGCUGCGGGAGCUUCAAGGGAGUAGCCGAGUAGAACAUUCCUCUUGGAUUCGAAAUCCAGUCCAUUCAUCCUGAAUCCCCCAGAAUCCCAUGUUUAGCUCUCCAGGUGAUUCCUGUGCACUUCCUGGAACCCCACAUUCCACCUCUCAAUUGCCGGUAAAGCAAUAGGGCCAAACUAAGUACCAAACGGUGCCUACCGCCCAGGGGACAAACACCUCCCCAGUUCCGUCAGACGGGCAUUGUUGUGUCCGACGCUCAAAGAUAUCAGGUUGCGCCUACAUGCCACACUCAAACCACUUGGCAAGCAGCAAAUAACAAUGACAACCCACUGUAACAAGCCGCAAGAGAUAUUCUAUGCAUGUCAAGUCGGCCUCCAAACUGGUCUCAUUGAUAAGGUCCAAGUACACCCCGCGCCUGUGGUGAACCUUUUGGGCCGCCGUGUCCUGCCAAGAGAUGUUUGGCGACUUUUAGAUUGACCAGAGAUCUACAUGUCAAUGUCAGGAUGAUCCGAACAAGCUACCACUGCAGCCAAGGAUACUUGCAGGUAGGAUGGUGGGAUGUGGGAAGGAAAACAUCUCCACACCAAAGGCCACACCCUCAACCCUCUCUGCGUGAGUGGACGGAUAAGCCUCGGUGUGCCUGACGGGGUGAAUCGUCAGAUACAGGAGGAGCUCUUCAGCAGACCAUGCAACUUGCCCCUGUGUGGAUGAUGGCCCUCCUCGCUUUGUCCUGGCAGGCUGGUGAUUAAGGGUAUAUAAGAACAACCCUUUCUCCCUCUCCCCACCCAUCAAACUUGCUCCACAACCCCAUCCUCCAGUAUUUGUCCUAAUCCCACCACCCAACAUGCAGAUCAAGUCGCUCGCCCUCUUUGCCACCGCCGCCUUGGCCGCUGUCAAUGAGCCCUGUGUUGGUUCUGGCGGAAGAGCUGGCGUCUGCGUCACCACGUCGACUUGCUCAUCGUCUGGCGGCAUUACAAUUGAUGGAGCGUGCCCGUCCGAUGCUUCCAAUGUCAAGUGCUGCACCAAGGCUUCGUGCCCCAACGGUUCCGCUGGCAACUGUCGUUGGGCAUCGGACUGCGCAGGGAGCACACUGACUGGUCUUUGCCCGGGACCUGCGCAGAUGAGAUGCUGCUCUUCUUCUGCCACCGGCUUCGGAGGGUAUUCUGCCCCAGCUAUCCCCGCCGUCGGGGCCUGCAAGGCCGUGGCUGUUGAGGGUGCCAAGAAGGUUGUCGCCGCCUUCCCCGGCAGAGUCAGACAGAUUUACUGCACCCGGGCUUGCGCCUGUCCCGGUACUUCGGAUCACUGCUGCGGCAAGGCGAUCGAUUACAUGUGCUCUGAUGCUGGUGGUGUUCCCACCAUGUCCGGCCGCCAGCUCGCUGAGUGGGCCAUGAACAACCGUGCCAGCUUGAACCUCAAGUAUAUCAUCUGGGGCCAGCGCAUCUGGAGUCCUAGUGAUGGUGUCAAGGCCUGGACCAGCUGGCGCGCCAUGGAGGAUCGUGGAGAUGUCACCCAAAACCACUGGUAA